UGGAUUGGCUACUUCAGAAACGAGGGUGUGACGUCAAUGGGAAGCGCCGAACUCUAGUUUCCCAAAGUUUUAAUGUGAAGCUAUGGAUAGCUGAUGGGCAAAAAAAGUGAAUUUCUGUCGUAUUAGCCGCCUAGAUAACAGAUGGAUGACCUCAACGUACUACACCACAGAUGCCUCCUGAAUCUGAGGCGUCGAAUCCGAGAUAUUGGGGAUGGGCGCCCUGCACAGGAACGAUACAUGAGGUUACAGAAGGAUGGAGACACACUCAGUUACCAAGGGAACUCCGAAGAGGUGGGUUGCUAUGUGGCCGGCCACCCUUUAUCGAAGGGAAAUUGCUACUUUGAGGUGACAAUAGUGGACACAGGGGUGAGGGGGACCAUUGCUGUGGGCCUGGUGCCAAAAUUCUACAGGCUGGACCACCAGCCUGGCUGGCUGCCAUAUUCUGUAGCUUACCACGCUGACAACGGCAAGUUAUACAAUGGCAACCCUGUGGGCCAGCAGUUUGGGCCAAAGUGUGCGCGUAGUGACCGCAUUGGCUGUGGAAUACACUCAGAAAAUAUUGAAGCAGGUCUUACAACAGUCUUUUUUACCAAAAAUGGCAAGGAGGUUGGUUCAGUAGAGGUUCCUGCGUCAGCAGAGGGGUUGUUCCCCGCCGUAGGGAUGCACUCCAUGGGGGAAGAGGUUAAGGUUGACCUGCAGGCUGAGUGGUUCCUGGAAGAAGAUGACAGUAUGAUGAUGGUGGACAGCCAUGAAGAUGACUGGGGGCGGCUUUACGACGUCAGGGUUAGCGGCACGCUCUUGGAGUAUGUUGGCAAAGGAAAGAGCAUCAUGGACGUGGGUUUGGCCCAGGCCCGCCAGCCACUAACCACCCGCUGCCACUACUAUGAAGUAGAGAUCGUUGAUGCUGGAGAGAAGUGCUACAUUGCUCUGGGUCUGGCAAGGAGGGACUACCCCAGGAACAGACACCCAGGAUGGAGCCGAGGUUCGGUGGCAUACCAUGCUGAUGAUGGCAAGAUCUUUCACGGCAGCGGGGUCGGAGACGCUUUCGGUCCUCGAUGCGUCAAAGGUGACAUCAUGGGCUGCGGCAUCAUGUUCCCACGAGACUACAUCCUGGACGGAGAAGGUGACGUGGACGACUGGGAUCGGCUGGAGGUCCGUCCAGGUCACGCCGGCGUCCAGAACAUCCUGUACCUCAACGACGAAGAGGAGGAAGAGGAAGAUGGGGAAGAGGCAGAGGAGGGACAGGAAGGCAGGAAGGUCACGGUGUUCUUCACGAGGAACGGGAAGCUGAUGGGCCGGAGGGAGAUGGGGCUUCCUCCCGGGGGGCUCUACCCCACCGUGGGGAUGCUGAGCAGUGGGGAGAAGGUCAAAGUGGAUCUGCAUCCGCUCAGUGGAUGAGCAAAGCGCAGGGCCUGGACUCGUGAUGCCCUGCAUACAGCUGGCUGCCCUGUAGAGCUCACCGACGGUAGCCUAGCACGCUGCUAACACACGCAAGAACCCACUCCCAUUCAGCUGCACACAUUAACGCCGCUGUCACCGUCGCCUCUGCUUUUAUUUAUAAGACCUGUACAUUCUCACAGUCGUCACAGAAACACAACCAGAGCGUCCUCGUGGCCGCAAGUAGCACAGCGGUCGUACACGAGCUGGGUAGCUUACAGCACGCAGGGAUAGACA